AUGAAUGAGACAGAGGCAGCGGCAAAGACGAAGACAGAGAGGGAGUAUGAAAUGGUUGAUACGAAAGGACAGUAUAUGAGAGCAUCUAUUGGGACGUAUGUGCGCAUCGGCCAUGUCAAGGAGGGGUUUUUGAUCCUGCGUCUCUUGGCAUGGCUGCAGGCCAGUCCAGAGCUGGCCGUCGGAGUCAAGGACGGCAUUUCAGCAGCAGUUGGCAUGGCCUUUGGUGAGCUUCAAGCCUGUGAGUCUACCCCGGGCUGGACCAUGCUCUCCCUCGAUUUCAAGAGUGCCUUCAACUACACCGACCGAGCACGGCUGCACGAGAUUGUGGCCGACAAGUUCUUCAAGGUCAUUGACAUUGAUGUUGGCCAAGGCAUUGUGCAGGGCAACGAGCUAUCGCCCUUCUUCUUUGCCCUGUACUCCUGUGAGGUCCUCGGUCUCCUCGACGCCACCACUGACUAUCGCUGCAAGGUCAUCAAGUACCUCGACGACAUUGUACUGAUGGGUCCCGCGGAGGACGUGGCGGCCGACGUCGAGAUUGUCAAGGCUCGUGCAGAGUCUGCUGGCCUUCAUUUGCAGCCCAGUAAGAGCCGCUUCUACAUGCCUCGCCACCAUUCGGCUUCCAUCACUGCUAUCAAGUCUGUCUUGCCAGAUGCCGUGCGCGAGACGGCCAACACGGGCAUGACGGUCAUGGGAACGCCGAUUGGCCGUCGCGAGUGUAUGAAGAAGCAGCUGAACGACAAGGCGAAGCACAUUGCUGGCAAGCUCAAUGACAUGCUGACGACCGGUGUCUCGCUUCAGGCCCUCCUCACGGCCAUGCAGUACGUGCCUAGCCUCAUCAACCACCUCUACACGCUGCCCCCAAGUCUGACGUCGGGCUUGUCCGAGCUCUUGAACCGUGCUUGCAAGGAGACCUUUGUCAAAGCCUUUUUUGCCAAGGUAAACCUGUCUGCACCAGCCGGAGCUGAAGGUCAUGACGUUACGCUGGAACAGCUCCUGGAGGCUCGCAUCUUCACGCGGGCCAACACCGGGGGCUUUGGCCUGCACGACCUGGUUGAGCGCGGUCCGGUGGCUUAUGUCUGCAACAUGGCCAAGCUGGCCACUCGCUACCCUCGGGUCUACGAUCGACUUUUGGAGGAUGCAUCGAGGGCUGCCGACUUUGAGGUCCAUGUGCAGCGAGCUGGCUUCCAGAUGGCCACGGUCAAGGACGCGGCGACUCAGCGACCAGCUGAGAUCAUUGCCCUUCGUUCCAAGGCGGCACUGGACGACCUGAUGGCCAAGUGUGCACUGGACCUGCAGCAGGCAUAUCUGGCCUCACGCGAAUGGGGCGUCAGCACUGUCUUGGUGUGUGAACAUGUUCACACACUCUUGACCAUGCGGGGUCGGGACAAGUUGCGUCGCUUGAGCGACACGACCUUUGCCAUUGCGGUCGUGUCCAUGAUGGGUUUUGGCCUCCAUGAACUCAUCAACGUCAAGCCGACGGACAAGUGCCCGCUCUGCAGCAGCAAGACACCUCAGCCGCGACUGACCCGCGAGCACCUGCUAACCUGCCGUCCCAUCAAGCGUCACAACGCCCUUCGCGACGAGAUGGGCCGCCUGCUCAGGUACGCCACCCUCUCCCAUGUCUGGGUGGAAAAGUCUGGCUACAACGCCAACGGCCAGAGCUGCCGCAUCGACCUGCACUGCCGCAACCCUUUUCCCGGCGGUGCUCUGGGCCCAGCUCUGCCCGACCUGGGCAUUGACGUGACUGUGCGCACAGCCCAACCCCCGACCACCUCGCAAGCCUGCAUCAAGGUGGGCGCUGCCCUUCGCCGAGCCGAAAAGGAGAAGCGCGACUACUACACCGGUUUCAACCAUGGAAAAACUCUGAUCGUCCCUGCGGCGAUGACGACAACCGGUGGGUUCGCCUCCUCCUUUGUGGAUCUGCUUGGUCAGCUCGCCCGCUGCGCCGAGGCCCGUGGUGUGUACCAGCCGGGGCUGGAUGAGGCCUUUGUUCCUCGGUGGAAAGGUCGCUUUGCGGCGCUGGUCCAUCAGAUGAACGCUGACCACAUCCAGCGCCACUUUGGCGGUGCCUGCCUGCGCUCGUCGUAG